AUGGUCCCCGGAACCUGGUCGUCGGCCGAAGAACAAGCAUUAUGCGCCGCCGUCAGACACAUCAUCGAGCAUGACGCCGAUACUGACUUCACCAACCACCUGGACUUCUGGAAGCUUGUCUCUACCCGCAUCGCAAAUCUCGACUCGGUGUACAGAGGUGCAUAG